GGCGACCUCCAUCAUUAUGUCGACUCCUUCAUCUCAGUCCAUCGUGGACGACCCGAAGCUAGAGAUACCUCCAUCACAGCCUCAUCGUGACUCGGCAUCAGAACAGUCUCAGACGUCAAUACCCGAGAAGUUCCUGCCGGGAUGGCGCUUCAUGGCUGCCUUUGGCAGUCUCUGUGUUAUCGUACUCAUGUCGGCUCUUGAUGCUACAUCGCUAUCGGUGGCACUACCAAUCAUGGCGAAAGCCAUCGGUGGCUCAGCAAUCGAAGCUUUCUGGAGCGGUACCUCAUUCCUCCUGACUUCGACCGUUUUCCAGCCUGUUAUCGGAUCCUUCUCGCACAUUUUCGGCCGCAAGUCGUUGAUCUACGUCAGCCUGGCAUUCUUUCUUGCGGGUUCCAUAAUCGCUGCAGUAGCGAACAACUUCACUGUUGUACUCGUCGGCCGUAGCAUUCAAGGUGUCGGCGGUGGAGGCAUCAUCUGUUUGACUGAGAUGGUGGUUGUCGAUACGGUCCCUCUUCGCGAGCGAGGCAAGUGGUUUAGCUUUUUUGGGGCUAUGUGGUCUGUUGGUACUGUAGCUGGACCUCUUCUCGGUGGUGGCUUCUCGCAGAACGUGUCCUGGCGUUGGGUCUUCUGGAUCAACCUGCCAUUUCUCGGACUCGGCGCCAUCUUGAUUACAUUCUUCCUCAAGCUCCACCAGAAGCACGGCUCCUUCCUCACUAAGCUUCGAGAGAUCGAUUGGCUCGGCAUGUUUCUCUUCCUUGCAUCUACAACAGGCUUUUUGAUCCCGGUCACAUGGGGAGGCGUGCAGUACCCAUGGGACUCAUGGCGGACACUUGUCCCAAUGAUUCUCUGUGCAGCCGGUAUGAUUGCAUUUGUCGUACAUCAGGAGUGGUUCGCUCCCAACCCACUCAUCCGUACUUCUGUCUUCAAGAAUACAUCUGCCGCGAUUCUGUUCGUGUCGACCGUUUUCCACGGCAUCAUUCUCUGGUCUAUCCUAUACUACAUGCCUCUCUACUUCGAAGCGGUCAAAGGCAUGGGCCCAAUUCUUGCGGGUGUCAGCAUGUUCCCGUGGACUUUCACUGUCGCGCCCGCCUCUGUUGCAACCGGUAUCAUUAUCGCAGUCACCGGCAAGUAUCGUUGGGCAAACCUGGCAGGAUGGUUCCUCGCGACCCUCGGCUUGGGUCUGCUGAUCGUGCUCAAGCCCAACACGUCGACUGUGUCCUGGAUCUUUUUGAAUUUGGUUGGAGGUCUAGGGACAGGAAUUCUUUUCCCAGCCAUGGCCCUUGCCGUUCAAGCGUCGGCGACUGCAAAAGAUCAAGCCUACGCCGCGAACAUGUUCUCCUUCUUCCGCGCUUUCGGGCAAACCCUCGGUGUCGCGAUCGGCGGCGUCAUCUUCCAAAACCAGAUGAAGAAGAAGAUGCUGACAUUCCCAUUGCUUGCUGAUAAGGCGAGUGAGUACUCAAAGGACGCCGCUGGCCUUGUGCAGAUUAUUCAAGCAAUGCCUGCCGGCGACAUGAAGGAACAGCUCCGGGAGAGUUAUACGGACGCGUUGAAGUACAUUUGGAUUGUUAUGGUGGUUUUCAGCGCUGUUGCCUUGAUGUCGAGCUUCUUUGUGAAAGAGUUCGAUAUGGACGGCGCACUGGAAACGGAGAUGGGGUUCAAGGAUAAGGAUAGGGUCGCUGAUGUCGAGAAGGAGCAACAGUGAGCCAUGGUGGAACACAUGAGCUUUGGCAUCAAUGGGCACAUGGCCGCGGGAGGGAUCUUUUACAUUUUACAGCAUCGACGCGGCGUCAGAUUAGAUACACGAUAUAGAUGCUUAGAUCGCGAUUACAUCCAG